AUGUCUCCACGAAAAGAAAAGUUACGGUCAUAUUUCAACUCGCAUCCUGGGCAGCCUCUCCGGCCAAUCCUGACUUCUCUAAAUGGAGACGCCUCUUGGUUGAUGUCCUUUCCCUGCCCCGCACCACUGGAACAGGGUAACAGGCUCGGCACAAAGAGGUUCUAUCACUUCAUCACCGAUGCCUGGCUGAAGGGACCUGCUACGUUAUUAUCUCCUUGGCUUGUCUGCAUCGAGCGCACUGAGCCCGCGGCUGUGUCUAAUGGGAAUGAAGUCGACGGGCUUGUUCGCGAGAUCGAAGAGCUUGCCGCAGUUGCUCAAGGGACGGUCCUUGAUGAGGAUCCUGAUGCACAACUGCAGCAGCCGUUGUUGGAUGCUAUUCUGAUCAAGCUCCACGUCAUCGAUCACCUAAAUCGGCCAACACUGGAAACAUUUGACAGGAGUAUUCCCGUGUUUGCCACCGCCCAGGCCGCGCCGACUAUCCGCGGUUGGGGCCACUUCGAUAGGGUAGUCGAGACACGCGACUAUAAGAGGUAUAGUGGCGAUACCAGCAUCGCUAAUAACCCUUCAUCGACCUCAGAUGUUCCACCGGAAGGUCUUCAAGGCCACUGGAAGAGCUUCCACCCCGGCAAGCCGCUGCCUGACUGGCUCAGUGUGUUCAGGCUGGUGGGUGACCGCGACCUAGAACUGGCCACGGCCAUUGUCUGGUCUCACGAAGACAGGGAGUCUAACGACGAAAGAAACGGCAAGAAUAUGAAGAACGAGUUCAUUAUCGACACACCACACGGAAUCGAUAUUAAAACCGAGUCCAUCGUCGCAUUCUUCGAUGGCAAUGUCAUCCACAAGAGCACCACAGCCGAAGCAAGUGAGCGACCCGAAGUUGUCGAUAAAUUGGAAUGCCUUGCUAUAUUCGCUGGGCUCAAAGACAGUUAUGCACUCGGAAUGCGGUCAACCAUCGGCGUGGAAAGGAGUCUUCAGCUAUGGAGAAAGGCUGAACCUAGAUACUGGGUACGGAGCCAUGACUCGCCUCUUCGGUACAGUGGCGCUAUCAUGAGGUUAUUAAUGACUACAGACGUGCCUCGGACCCUGGAAUAUGGACUGGAAGAGGAGAAGAAGCAAAUGUUAAAGGGUGGCAAAGUUGAGGAUUUGAGGGUGCCUGACUUGGUGAAAGUUCGGAAUGGAGAGUGUCUCGUGCUUGAUUGA